GUGUUCACUGAUAAUAUGCUGACAAUUGAAUGGUCCUUGGCUUCAGGAUGGGAGAAACCUUAUAUCAAGCCGCUUGAGAACCUUUCGUUGCAUCCAGCCUCCUCAUCUCUGCAUUAUGCUAUAGAACCAAGAGGACAGACAGAGGAGAAUCUGGUGCCAAUGCUGUGGCUCAAUGAAUACACAUUGUUCGAAGGAAUGAAGGCUUACCGAGGAGUGGAUGGCAAAAUACGCCUGUUCCGGCCAACCCUCAACAUGGAUAGGAUGGCACGAUCAGCAAGACGAGCAACUCUGCCAUGUUUUGACCAGAAUGAGCUGUUAGAGUGCAUCCGGAAGCUUGUGGAAGUGGAAAAGGAGUGGGUUCCAUACUCAACCACUGCCAGCCUGUAUAUCCGUCCUACCUUAAUUGGAACUGAGCCUUCCCUUGGAGUGAAGAAGCCAACUAAAGCCCUACUGUAUGUCAUACUGAGCCCUGUGGGCCCUUACUUUGCAAGUGGAAGCUUUAAUCCAAUAUCCUUAUGGGCAGAUCCAAAAUAUGUAAGAGCCUGGAAAGGAGGAACGGGGGACUGCAAACUGGGAGGGAAUUAUGGUUCUUCUAUUUAUGCCCAGCAAGAAGCCAUGGAAUUAGGCUGCCAGCAGGUUUUGUGGCUCUAUGGAGAAGAUCACCAAAUAACUGAAGUUGGAACAAUGAAUCUGUUUCUCUACUGGAUAAAUGAAGAUGGAGAAUAUGAACUGGCAACCCCACCUUUAGAUGGCAUCAUCCUUCCAGGAGUGACAAGACAAAGCAUUUUGGAUCUGGCACGCAAUUGGGGAGAAUUUAAAGUGUCUGAGCGAUAUAUCACCAUGAGUGACCUGACAGCUGCCUUGGAAGAGAACAGAGUAAAGGAGAUGUUUGGUGCUGGAACAGCUUGUAUUGUAUGUCCUAUCUCUAAAAUUUUAUAUAAGGGCAAGCAUUUGCACAUUCCAACUAUGGAGAAUGGGCCUCAGUUAACAACCCGUUUCCUGAAUAAGCUGAGUGAUAUCCAGUAUGGAAGGGAAGACAGCGACUGGGCAGUGCUGGUGUCGUAAAGUGGAAGAGU